AUGGCGUCACAAGCCUCAUACCUCGGGCCCAGCCCAAGUACGAAGAAACGCUUCUCGAGGGAUGGGUUCCAGCAGCUCUACCCAGAUCAGGAUGAGCACAUGGCAUUUAAUGACUCCACCGUCGACAUCCCUCUCGAGCAAGUGUCCACCAACAAGACAUCCGGCAACGGCCUCCGUCCACUCCACACCGCCGCCUCAUUACGACAUUCACCUUCGAACGCCACUGCUUCUCGUGAGAAAAAGACGUUCUUCCGCGGCCGUCGAACGAAACAGGAUUCGCCUGGAGGCAGACCCUCAGGACGUGUAGGAUAUGACGGAGAAAUGGAUACCGUGACCACCAUGGGCAAGAUCUACGACAAAAUCUUUGGUUUCUCAAUCAUCACACGUUACUUCCUCUACGUUCUGCCGCUCGGGCUGCUCAUCGCUGCGCCGAUUAUCGUGGGCGUGGCCAUCCAGAAUUCAAGAGCAGAUCGAAGGCCACCAAUCUUGGCCGGGGUCUCCCUCAUUUGGUUCUUCACCUGGGUCGAGGUCGUCUGGCUGAGUCUGUGGACAUCGAAAUUGGUCGCCCACUUUCUGCCCCAUGUCUUUCAAAUCUUCGUCGGAGUGGUCAGUUCUGGGGUCCGGAAGUAUGCAUCGGUCAUCCGAAAGCUAGAGAUUCCGCUAUCUCUGGUCGGAUGGGCUGUGACUUCUCUGGCCACCUUCGUUCCUCUCAUGACCCUCAAUCCUUACCAGCAGCGACUUUUGGAGGAAUGGAACGCCAGUAAUGCCCCAGACAAGGGUCCCAAUCCGACGAAUGAACAACCCUGGCAGUCAAUCGUCCAAAAGAUCUUGGGCGCUGCCGUUGUGGCCUCGCUCGUCUUGCUGGGCGAAAAGUUCAUCGUGCAGAUGAUCUCCAUCAACUAUCAUCGGAAGCAAUUCAACGCCAAGAUCAAGGACUCGAAGCGACAUGUCUAUAUCCUCGAGCUCUUGUACGAUGCAUCGCGGUCAUUGUUCCCUGCCUACUGCCACGAGUUUGCCGAGGAAGAUUACAUCAUCGCGGAUCAGCUGCAGAUUGCAGCCCUGGGCGGCCGAAGCCGCAGAUCCAAUGGACAGGAUGGACACAGACGAACUGGCUCCGCUACGCCGCUUCGAUUCAUCCAAAAUGUUGGGCGGUUCGGCGACAAGGUGACAUCUGCGUUCGGCAACGUGGCGCACGAGAUCACAGGUAAAGAGGUCUUCAACCCCAACAGUUCUCACUCUAUCGUCGUCGAAGCACUUGAGAAAAAGGUCACGUCGGAGGCCCUCGCUCGCCGGAUCUGGAUGUCGCUGGUCCUUGAUGGUCGUGAGGCUCUUCACAGCGACGACAUCACAGACGUUCUUGGCAUCGAACGCCGAGACGAAGCCGAAGAGGCCUUCUGGACGCUUGACCGCGAUGGCAACGGAGAUGUUUCACUGGACGAGAUGAUCAUGACGGUCACGGAAUGGGGCCGUGAGCGUAAGGCCAUCGCUAACAGUAUGGUCGAUGUCGCGCAAGCCAUCAAUGUCUUGGACCGUCUGCUCAUGGUCGUGGUCUUCAUUGCCGUCGUCUUCAUCUUCGUCGCCUUCCUCAAUGCGAACUUCACGACAACCCUGGCCACGACAGGAACCGCCUUGCUGUCCCUUUCGUUCGUCUUCUCUGUCACUGCUCAGGAGAUUCUCGGUUCCUGCAUCUUCCUUUUCGUCAAACACCCCUUCGACAUCGGUGACCGUGUUGACAUCGGCGCCGACCAAUACGUGGUUGAACACAUCAGUCUUUUGUUCACUGUUUUCCGACGAGCGACUGGCCCCAAGACAGGUCAGCUCAACCAGUACCCUAACAUCGUGCUGAACACUUUGGCAUUGGAGAAUGUCAGCCGCAGCAAAGCUAUGACGGAGCAAAUCACUCUCGACGUCCAAUACAACACGACAUUCGAUGACAUCCAAAUCCUCAAGAAUGAGUUGAAGAAAUUUGUCACCGACAAGGACAACAGCCGCGACUUCCAGCCAGACUUGGAGGUUGAAGUGUUGGGCACAACCGAUUUGAACAAGCUCCAGAUUCGCGUGGAAAUCAAGCACAAGAGUAAUUGGGCCAAUGAGGCUCUUCGUGCGACUCGCCGAAGCAAAUUCAUGUGUGCUCUUGUCGCUGCGUUGCGUGCUGUACCCCUCAACGCGCCCGCUGGUGGCACUGACGCUGCCGGGACUGCUGCGAACCCCAAUUUCUCUGUCGCCAUCAGUGAGGCAGAGGCGAAGGAGAAUGCUGCUGCAUCGGCGGCGGCAAAAGAAGCAGCGCGUCUGGUGCCAGUCAAGAAAAUCGAAGAUGCCAAGGAGGCGGCAGCGAAUGACGCCGACGCCAAUGCAAAGGUGGGCAUGGCCGGUCUGAGUUAUCACGACGGCAGAGUCAUCGAGGAUCUCACAUCACGGGAUCCGGCAUCCGACCCUGUCCGAGACGAAGGCUGGGCGACCGGUCGCGACGAUGCCAGCACCCUCGGGGGUCGUUCCAGCCCGGACCAACACGAUCUAGAGGAAGUUCGAAGCUUUCUCCGCCGAGAGAGCACCCGCGGCAAGCGAAAGCCUUCCGCGACGGCCGGUCGCAACAGCAACGAUCAUCCCGCGAUGCGAUUCAGGAGAAACCCGAGUGUUCCGACCAUCAGCGAACCUGCAGCCGUCGUUGCUGCACCGUCGUCUUAUGCCCCCGGUCACUUGCCCUACCGUUCGGCGAGCGUACGGGCACAGCAGCAAUCAGGUCAGCCACUGGCACCACCGUAUAGCACUUCUCCUUUCGGUGCUUCGCCGAACGUUGCCGGCAGCCAAUCCCUCGAUACGAGCCAACUCGCCCAUGAGAUGAGCGCAGACCGUAGCCCCACCGCUACCUCGCCCGGAGGUGGCUUCCGUAGCCGUAGCGGCACGGUUGCAAGUCGGCCAGGUGCCGGCUUCCCCGUGGCGACGGGCCUGGGAGGAGUGAACGAGGAGGACGAAGAGGAGAGGAGGGCUGGUCGACAGCCUUCUGAUAAUGCUGGGGGUCGUUUCUAG